AUGCAUUUUUUUAAAGGAAAAAUAUAUAAUGAAGAGGAUGGAACAAACAAGAAUAUAAAUAAUGCAGAUAAUGUAGAUAAUAAAGAAAAUGAAGAAAAUGAAGAUAUGAAUAAGUCUAAUUAUGUAGAAGACCUUUCCACCAAAGAAAAUGAAACUUUGGCAUGUGAAAAUGAUCAAGCAGAAGAUGAUAAGGAAACGAAAAAAAGAUCGAGAGAAAAUGAUGAUAACAAUAUAAAUGAUUUAAAUUCUAAAAAGAUAAAACAAAAAGAUACUUCAGAAGAAGAUAGCAAACAUGAUGAAGAAAAAAAUAAUAUCAAAUAUAAAGAUCAUGUCAUAUCUAAUAAAAAAAAUGAAAAAGAAAAUUUUUAUAGUGAACAAAAAUUUGAAGAUUUAGAUAUUUGUGAUGCUUUAAAAAAGGGACUAAAAGAAUUAAAUUUUAUUACAUUAACAGAAAUACAAUCAAAAUGUAUUCCACACUUUUUAAGUGGAAAAGAUAUAUUAGGGGCAGCUAAAACAGGGUCAGGAAAAACAUUAGCAUUUCUUGUUCCUUCAAUUAAUAUAUUAUAUAAUAUAAAAUUUUUACCUAAAAAUGGAACAGGAGUAUUAAUAAUAUCACCAACAAGAGAAUUAUGCUUACAAAUAUAUCAAGUUUGCACAGAUUUGUGUAAAUAUAUACCUCAAACAAAUGGUAUAAUAAUAGGGGGUGUAAGUAGAAAUGAAGAAAAAAAAAAAUUUAUACAUGGCAUAAAUAUUUUAAUUGCAACACCAGGUAGAUUAUUAGACCAUAUGCAAAAUACUAAAGAGUUUAACUACAAAAAUUUAGUAUGCUUAAUUAUUGAUGAAGCUGAUAGAUUACUUCAAAUAGGAUUUGAAGAAGAAAUUAAUUUAAUUGUAAAAAGGUUACCAAAAAAACGACAAACAGCUUUAUUUUCAGCAACACAAACAACAAAAGUAGAAAGUUUAAUUAGACUAUCUUUACAAAAACCUAUAUUUAUAGAAGUUACUACAAAAAUUGCAACUGUCGAAAGAUUAAAACAAGGUUAUGCAUUAGUAGACGAAGAUAAACGAUUUCUUUUAUUGUUUACUUUUUUAAAAAGAAAUCCUUCAAAAAAAAUUAUGGUUUUUUUUAAUAAUUGUAUGUCUGUUCAAUUUUACAAUGACUUAUUAAAUUAUAUUGAUAUACCAACUUUUUGUAUACAUGGAAAAAAAAAGCAAAAUCAGCGAUUAAAAAGCUUUAAUGAAUUUUCUGCUGCAAAAAAUGCUAUUUUAUUAUGUACAAAUGUUGCAGCAAGAGGAUUAGAUAUACCAAAUGUUAAUUAUAUUAUCCAAUAUGACCCCCCCGAUGAUUCGAAAGAAUAUAUACACAGAGUAGGCCGAACAUGUAGAGGAAAUGACUCUGCAGGAUCAGCAAUCAUUUUUUUAAUGAAACAUGAGCUUAAAUUUUUAAAUUAUUUAAAAUUUUAUAAUAUACCGGUCAAUCAAUUUGCCUAUGACCAGAAUAAACUCAUAAAUAUACAGUCACAAAUGGAAUCAAUUGUUACAAAAAAUUUCCAUCUUCAUAAAAUGGCACGGGAGGCCUUUAAAUCGUAUUUAAAUGGAUAUGUGACUUACGCAUUGAAAGAUGUCUUUGAUAUAAAUAAUCUGAAUUUGAUGUUAACAUCCAAAAACUUCGGAUUGGAUGCCCCACCAAAAGUUGAUUUAAAUUUAAAAUUUAAUGUCAAAAAAAAAAAGUUUAAAUAG